AUGAAUGUUCGAGUUAAUAGGGGUGCUGGCCGCCCAAGAACUGCUUGUACGCAGUGCAGCUCAUUAAAAUCAUUGCUUACUGAAAGUGCAAAGAUCCGUUGCAGCGGUGAACAACCCUCUUGCCGCAGAUGUACGCGCCUUGGUCGUCAUUGCACCUGGGCCGAUGAUUAUCGAGCUCAACGUGCCUUUGGGCACAAUCACUUGGAUUUCUUCGCGAGGGAUUUAGAUGCAUGGGCUAUGAUCCCUUCUUUGCCUGCAGACAGCCAUCAGUCAUCGGCUGUCGGGAUAUCGCGAACAUGCAUGUUUGACCUUGUGAACACAUUCUUCACCCACGUUUUCAACGCUUCUCUUCUUCUCCAUCGAACAUCAUUCCUUGACUGCCUAAGCUGUGGCUCUGCGGAGAAACACAUGACACUCAGUGUCAUGGCACUAGCUUCAAGAUUUUCUCAAAAGCCUAACCCAUGCGAUAAUGCUGUUGGUUCAGGCUUUGCUGAGGAGUUGGCGACCGAAGCGGAGCGGCUCGUCUUUGCACGAUUGGCAUCGCCAUCAGAGGAGAACCUUGUCACUCUCGUGAAUCUUACUUUGUUAUGGUAUGCGCAAGGACAAUGGCGCCGGGCUGCCAUCCACUUGAGUAAUGCUCAAUGCACCUCACGUAUUCUCGGCCUUGGAAGGAAGCCAUUGCUUGGUUACUCAAACAACCAGGAGCAGACUGUGGGUGAUUUUAUCACUGCAGAGUUGAGCCGACGGCGCUUCUGGGCUGUUUUCUUACUGAGCCAGUUUGCGAAGGGCGACGAUUGCUAUCAACAAUUCGAAGCGGAGCUGAAAGACCCAGCCGGAGUCAAAGCACCAUGCAAUGAGCAAAUGUUCCAGCCACUAGGCAAUACUAAUCUGGACCGCCAUUUUGGCAAUCAGAUUGUCGUGGACAGCUUGUAUGCACAUAUGAUACGCGUUACCAGCAUGUGGACCAUGGUGCUGACAUGUAGUUCUAGGAGGACGGUGUGCCAACUAGUCAAAAGUCAUUCCAAAUUUACUGCUAAGCUUCUAACUAUUCAAGAGUUGGACCUGCGCUUUAAUGCUUGGCGGACCAGCCUCCCCAGCUCUCUGGAGUUGGACGACGUUCUGCAAGACUCAUCUCUCAGGCGCAGCAAAGUAUCGUUGCUGCACAUUAUCUACCACCAAGUAAUGUCUGUGCUUCAUGCUUGUGUAAUUCCGUUGUUCUGCCUUCACUCUAUCAGACCGACCGACGCUACGGACACUCCUUCUGCUGCUACCGAAGCCGACAGGGAAAUGGAAACGGAAACCGAUCCCAUGGCCUACGAGUCGUUGCAAAGGGCGUCUGCUCAAAAGGCCCUUUACCAUGCGAGGCAAAUAUCUCAUAUCAUCUCUAAAACUGAGUUAAACGGCGUCCAACUCCUAUCAAGUGGGUUCACUGGAUAUGCUGCCUAUAGCUCCUGCGCGAUUCAGCUUCCUUUUCUGUGGUGUCGAAGUCCUAACGUGAGGGAAAUGGCACGUCGAAACAUUCAAGCAAAUAUCGCCGUCAUGGACUACAUUCAGAGCCAAUGGAAAGUUGUUGCCGCUUUGAGAGGUUAUAUUCCUCUACUCUACAAGCAUCACGAGAGCAUGUCGUACUCUUUGCCAGAUGAACCCGUCAAUCUACAGCUAGCCGACCUAAACCUACAUUGCAAGUCCGAUUCCAAUCGUGCCACCAUGUCUAUUCUUCAUCAUAACGCAAUCAUUUGGGACAAGGGAGAACUUCUGAAUCAUGACAAUUUGCCCGACAUUGGCCUGGCUACUCGUCGGCAGCCGCAGCAGCAACAACAAUCGGACAAAGUAGGCGACGGUGGUUAUUUAUAUAAUAAUAGUAGUUCAGGUAUCAGCAAUAGUGAAAUAAGUGGUUUGGAAGCUAUCGAUGGCUUCCCACUGGGGUCAAUGCAUCAAAAUGAUGACUUACUUGAUGAGCCUUCCUUGACAUACUCAGGUCUGUCAUUUUCCGAUGCCUCUUCAAAUGCGUAUAAUUGGCUCGACGAUGCCGACUUCUUAAGUCUAGGGGUCCUCGAUGAGUUAGAGAUUGAGAGGAGAGUCUAUUGAAAGUGUCGCGGACUCUAACGGGC